UGUAGUCAAAUCUUCCUCUUAACUUUCCCGGAAACCUCAUCCGAGAAAGUAAAGACAGAAAAUUAGAAAACCUUGUUCAUUACGUGACCGACCCUCUUCCUCCUCUCUCUUCUGUCGUCCAUAUCUUAACAGCCUCCAUAUGUCCCUCUAAAAAUCCAUCUUCCCCUCUCUUGCUUUAUUCUUGUAAUCCAUGGCGUCUUCAUCAGGUAGCUUAGACACUUCCGCAAACUCGUAUUUCACUUUCCCUACAUCCCAUCCCUUCAUGACCACCUCCUCCUUCUCUGACCUCCUCGCAUCACCUCCAUCCGGUGGUAACACUACCGGCAGCGAUAAACGGCGUGGAUUAUCGGAUCGUAUUGCAGAGAGAACUGGGUCUGUUGUUCCAAAAUUCAAGUCUAUUCCUCCUCCUUCUCUGCCCCUCUCUCCGCAAGCCGUCUCUCCUUCCUCUUAUUUUGCUAUUCCUCCUGGGUUAAGCCCAGCUGAGCUCCUUGAUUCCCCUAUGUUGUGGAGUACCUCAAAUAUUUUGCCAUCUCCAACUACUGGAUCAUUUGCAGCUCAGGCGUUGAAUUGGAAGAGCAAUUCAGGCAAUAAUAACCAGGAGUUUGUCAAACAAGAAGACAAGAACUAUUCAAGCUUUUCCUUCCAAACCCAGACAAAACCACAGACAGUUCAAAAGUCAAAGCAACAACCAUGGAGUUUUCAAGAACAAACCAAACAGAACACGGUGAAAUCUGAAUAUGCUCCUGUCCAAAACUUUUCUGAAAUUGCCACAAUUCAAACCAACAAUCAGAACAACAGAGCUUACCAAUCUGAUUAUGGAAACUAUCCAAAUUCAGUAAGAGAACAGAGAAGAUCAGAGGAUGGUUAUAAUUGGAGAAAAUAUGGACAAAAACAAGUGAAGGGGAGCGAGAACCCAAGAAGCUAUUACAAGUGCACAUACCCAAAUUGCCCUACAAAGAAGAAAGUUGAGAGGUCCUUGGAUGGACAAAUAACUGAGAUUGUUUACAAGGGUAGUCACAACCAUCCUAAGCCUCAAUCUACCAGGAGAUCAUCAUUAUCGUCAGCUAAUUCUCAUGCUAUCCAGGCUUCAAAUGCACCCGAUCCUAUCGGUGAAGUCCAGGAUCAGUCCCUCCCUGUAUCACAAAUGGAAUCCGUUGCAACACCGGAGAAUUCAUCGAUAUCAGUUGAAACUGAUGAUUUUGAUCGGAGCUCUCAGAAGAGUAAAUCUGGUGGUGGAAAUGAGUUUGAUGAAGAUGAACCUGAAGCCAAAAGAUGGAGAAGGGAGGGUGAAAAUGAAGGCAUAUCAGCUGGUGGAAGCAGAACAGUGAGGGAACCAAGAGUGGUUGUUCAAACAACAAGUGACAUUGAUAUCCUUGAUGAUGGGUAUCGAUGGAGGAAAUAUGGCCAAAAGGUUGUCAAGGGAAAUCCCAAUCCUAGAAGCUAUUACAAGUGUACAUAUCCAGGAUGCCCUGUAAGGAAGCAUGUAGAGAGAGCAUCUCAUGAUCUUAGGGCAGUGAUCACAACCUAUGAGGGCAAGCACAACCACGAUGUCCCGGCUGCUCGUGGCAGCGGUGGCCGGUCUUUGCCCUCGGACAAUAACUACAACAACAAUUCUAGCAACAACCACCCGAUCCACCCAUCAAUGUCAACGAGGGCUCAAGCUACAAACCCCUCAAGCAAUACAGGGCUUCCAACAGUUUCUGAUGGACAAGGACCCUAUUCGUUGGAAAUGUUGCAGAACCCAGGAAGUUUUGGGUUUUCAGGCUUUGGAGCUUACAUGAAUCAACCAAUGGAGUUUGAGAAUGCGUUCUCCAGAGCCAAGGAGGAGCCAAGGGAUGACAAUCUGUUUAUUGAAUCCUUGCUAUGCUGAGAACUUCGCAUGGAAAGAAACUUUUGAAGAUUUCAAAGAUCAAUCAAAAUGAAAUCGGGUGGUGUUUUUUUUUUUUUUUAAUUCUUAUUGAUUCAUUUGGAUUCUGUUUGUUGUAUAUUUCCACUCCCACAGGUAUUUUUUUGUGUCUUUAUUCAAACCAAAGAUGAAUUUAUGUAGGGAUCUUUAGCUUCAUAUGUAGUAUAUUUUUUUCAUUGUUUUGAGGCUGGUUCAAGGCUUCAACUCAAUUUUGUAUGAACCUUUUGAUUUAAUUAUUUAAUUUCUUUAAAUUAAA